AAAUACAAACAGCCUGUAUUCGUAAACAAUCCAAAGAACCAGAAAAUAGACUUACAAAUGAAUUGAAUAUUUGACGGUGGCUUGUUCAAAAAAAUUGAGACAACACGUCCCCUGAAAAAUGAAGAUGUCAAGUUUUCUUCUGUUAGCGGCGAUUAUUUCGUUCAUGUUGGCAAGGAAGGCUUAUGGUGUUGAACUUGUGGAGCCCUAUAACCGUUGCUAUGGUCAAGUAGAACUGGGUUUUAUCGUCGACGGCUCUCGCAGCAUCGAAGCAUCGGCAUGUGGUAACUUCAAGCGAAUGCUCGACUUCACACAGCGAAUAGCCUCGGGAUUCGGAAUUGCUUCGUCUCAGACUCGGGUCGGCGUCGGCUUGUAUUCGACCUUUGCGUCCGUGCCUAUUCCGUUCGGCAAGUACACGAGUCUGCAGGAAACUGUUGAAGGGAUAAAGAAACUCCGCUAUCCCGGUGAAGGGACCAGGACAGGGAGAGCACUAAAGCUAAUGAAGACUCAUCUCUUCUCUCAGUCGAGACCGAAAGCCCAUAAGGUUCUGAUAGUACUUACUGAUGGCACCUCCGUUGAUGACGUCAAAGCGCCCGCUAAGGCCUUGAGGGAGAGUGGGGUGGAGGUUUUUGCGGUGGGAAUCGGUGAACACUAUCGUCCUCGGGAGCUCAAGGACAUCGCGACUGAUACAGGUCACGUGUUAACAGCGGGAUUUCGUGACCUUAUGUCUGUCGAGAGGAAGUUGCGUGACGCGGUCUGUAAAUCCGUCAGGAAGGCAAUGAUGGCUAACGCGUACCAACAGGGGGUGGGUGCAUGCGCUAGUAGCCCUUGCUAUGGGAAGUAAAGUACCACGCUUCUUCAAGAGAUAGUUGUCUUUAAUUUUUGAUAAAAAUGAUCUAAGAUAAAAUAAAAAAUCACAUCCUAAUUGAAAUAAUUGACAGUGAUGUGAUAAUUUUAAAAUGGAUAAUAAAUUUAGAAACUAAAUGGUA